AUGGAUAAUCCAGCUACUCCUCCACAGGAGGUCCCGGUGGCAGAGGAAGUCCGCGGGAACGAAGAAAAACAGGAUAGCAAGGAAGGACAGGAUACUGAGCAAGAAAAGAAUACCAAGGAAGAGCAGAAUACCAACGAAGAGCUGGAGAUUGGUGAAGAGCGGAAUACCGAGGAAGACAAGGAGGUAGAGGAUGACUCCCAAGCUACCAGGGACUCUAUAGACGCGACGGACGAUGGGCCCCAACCUUCCCCAUCACCACUAGGUGUUGAAGCUUUCCUCCGAUCUCAUGCGAAGGAAAGGGAACUACAAAACCUUAAAUAUUUAGAGGUUCGACCUAUUGCCCGUCGAUUAUCCCAAUCAUCGGAGAAGAGUGAUGACACACACGGUGGGGUACGAAUCUUCGGCUCGCAGGAGCCAGACCGCCUCAGCACGCCCUGUAUAAGGUUUACAAAACAGGGUGCUGUUCUCUACACACAAGCUGGGUCCAGUCAUUUCCAUAGUCAUGGACGGGGUGUGGGGUGGGAGGCUCCCACGCGGGAGAGAAUUCUGGCAAUCCCAAAAAAAAUAUUCACAAACAAGGACGAGCGUGAGGAUCGUAUGCGUGCCCAUGAAGAGUUGAAACUGUCAAUCUCACGCCCCACUGAGCUUCCUCGCCCGAUCUUACAUCCGUGGCACCGCUCGACCCCCGACGUCAUUUAUGAACGGCUCUGUUUCCAUUUUCAGGAUCACUGUGUCGACGUUGUUGGUGGUAAUGUUAUCAUACACAAGACCUACAAGCGUUCGAUCAGUUGCACCAGUACUCCUGUCCAUUGGCUGUGGUUGGCCAAACCGACGGGGGUUUUUCUACGUCUAUUAGACGGAAAAGGAAAGCAAACGGGUGUGAACGACCCGGGGUUUAGUGUACCUGUUAUGAUGUGCAAGAUCUGUAGAGGGAGAGUUGACCUCGACUAUGACCCCUGUGUAGCCGGAUACGGCAUCACUCUUGCUCACCCCGGUUGGAACGUGAACGCUCCGCCUACAUGUACUUUGCCUCCUCCGGGCAGCGGGAGUGUCAUUUACAUGUAA